AUGCGGUUACUUCUCGUGUUCCUCCUCGUGUUUCGAGAAGAACAACGUGCCGCUCUUGCGACCAUCCGACAGUUUUCAAUUACUUCUCAUCGUUCUCACAGUGCUAUUUUUCUCUUUUCCUUUUCCAUUCUGCUUGCCAAUGAGUAUAUUGUAGACCGAGAGCACCAGUGGAGAGACCAAAGGGCAAGGCUUGUGCGACAGGAAGGAAGCAGUGGACUUCGGCGACAUCACAGCGAACUGCAAAUUAUGUACUCUCCAAGUGAAGAAGCAGGUGCUUCCCCCGGAAAUGGGCAGGACGAGAGGUUAACCUCACAACCUUUUGAAACUUCCAGGGUGCCUUCAAUGACUCCCCGGAGUCUUUGGGCGAAUAGCUCGAGAAGCGAUGCGAGUGCGAAGCAGUUGGGAAAAAGCGGACAGUCGCUACGCUAUCCUUCUCCACCACAUGUACCACCUGAUGGACAGUUGGGAGCGGAGGAAGAAGUGGAACAUGAGAAAUACGUCUUGCAACUGCUGCAGAGGGCGUCGCGGACCAUCAAGGAUGAGCGUGCUCACUCACUUUCGCUAAAGAAGGAGCUCGACGAACUAAAGCAGCUGGGUGUGACUCCUGGUGGAGUGGAGAAGCUGCAGAAGGAGAACAGAUCUCUCAAGGACAGACUGACUUUUCUUUGCGGGGGACUAAGUCAAGGAAACUUAUUCAGUGUACCGGGUCAGCAUUUAGAGGGUGGCAAGCAUUACCGAUGGAGAAGGGACCAACGACCGCUAAAACACACUCCUGUGAGUGCGCGCGUUGACAACACGACACCAGUCCGGACGUUGUUUGGUGUCUCGCCAAUGCGUCGCGAUUUUGCAAGAGGUGGGACAGAAUCCUGCAGUGGUACGUGGCGUUCUGCGAGUUCGUGUCACACAUCACGGCGGGUUUCGGCCCGUGGGCGGUGUGGACUGCGAAGGCGGCUCAGCGUGGGGAGUACUGGGGCAUUAACUGCUCUGUGGGCAGCCGCACCAUUGGAAACGAGGGCGGUGAAAUACACUGUGGGAAUGAUCGCACAUCUUCGUCGCGCCAUGGCACCAUUACCGGCGAAGGAACAGGUUGGAGAGGUAAUCCAUGCAAUGGUACAGGAAAUUCUCCGAGAGGCUCGACAGCGCGGCACAGGUCUUAAGAUGAAGCGACAAAAGCCAUGUGUCUAUGAGUGUACAUACUCACCAAAACGAGAAAGGAAAAUAGGAUGUACUGUCACGCGAGUGGUUCAUCUAUCCAUAGACAGCGGCCGACUAACCGUAAAGGUUGGUGGAGGUCACGUGAAUUUCUUAGAUUUCCUGGAGCGGUAUUGCAACUGCCGUUUCGCACGAUAG